AUCUCUUGUCAAUCCACCCAUAUAACAGUCGAUCAAGCCACUACUAUUGACCACUCUCUGCGCUUACAAUGAACUUCAAAUCUCUUGCCUUACUCCUCACUGCCGCUGCAGUCCCUCAGGUCGCAGUCGCGGGUCCGCUUGCCUACGGCGUUUGUCAGACAGGAUGCAAUGCCUUGGUUGUCGCUUGCUAUGCCGGCGCCGGGUUCACGUUCGGAGUCGCACUCCCUUUAGCACCUCCUGCGUUAAUAGCAUGCAAUGUGGGCCUUGGGACUUGUAUGGCGGCUUGUGCCGCGGUUGCGCUUGCACCCACUCCUUGAGUGAGUGCAAUCGUCAAUCUGGCGGCGAGAACCCAUAGACCCCCUCUUGCGUGAUGAGAAUAGCAUCCUUGUUGUACCAUGCCAAUCCGACGCAGGUUUGGCAGUGUACAGCACCAGAUAUAUAACCAUGGACUCUUUAUGUAUCUUGUUCUCGUUUUAAACCGUCUUUUCCUUUUCUCACAGUCGGUCGUACGCAUUUGAGAGUCUAUGUCCCGUCGUUUCUAUUUCGCGCUAGCUACGGACUCACUGUGGCUAGACUAUCUUUCUUCCCCUCAUGGUUACUGGUACCUUUUUGAUUUGUGUUCAAACUUUAGCAGAAAAUUACAGAUGCUCAUGCGGUUGUUUGGCAAUGGCUUUGGAUCUAGACACGCUCAUAAUCGACGGCUUUCUUCAUUUCCA